UAAUAAAAAACUGAAACUGAAACUGAAAAAAAACUUUGCACUGGUUUGUCUGCGUAACUAAUGAUUUUGACUACUCCGUUUAUAUAAGCUUGAGGGACUCGAGGUACCCUUCGCCGUUCACUGAUAGCGGCUUCGCCAAAAAAAACAAAAAAACUCUCUGGCACCCAGGGUAGUGGGAAGGUACAACGCUAAAUCGUAUGGUUUGUGAGCUGCCGUUUAAAAUAGGUUAAGAGUUUGAACAUUUGGGUCAACUGAAAAAAAUGUUUGGUUUGUGUGCAGUAUGGUCUGAAUCUGAAAAGUGUACGUUUUGCUUUACUUUUUGAAAAGAAAAAAAAAACCUUUUUCUCUCUUCGUAAUUCAAUCAUAACGGAGACGUGCAUUCAGAAGUAUUAGCAAUUUUAGCAUCAAAGUUUUUGAAACCCUUUUAAAAUGCGCGCAUAAGCCAUUCGGCCAUGUCACUGAGAGACCUCUGAAUAUAGUAUUGCAGGGACAUGAAUUCUGUGUGAGCAGGGUCUGAACUGAAUCGCAUGUUUUGUGUUGAAAUCUUUAAAGGUUUCGAAAGUCGUGUUCAAGAGGCGGACCGAAUAACCCGACUCCAAACUUUUAAUUCCUCUGUGUUCUUAGUGGUUCUUAACAUCUUAGUGCGUGUCAUAUGCAGGCAUAUUUUAAAAUUCAUGCGAGGUUGAACACCUCUAUAAUCCCCCCACCCCUACCCCCUGUACUUUUUAACGGUUUCGUGAAUGUGCAUCAGUUAACUCGACGAUUUUUGUCCUGCGUUAAUUAGGUCUUAAUUAGAAUUAAUAUUGAAACCUAAGACGCGCCCAUUCUUUAUCAUAUAUAAAUAUUGUCCUGAAAGUGUUCACUUCUCUUUCCAGGACAAAGCAGAAGAUGAUUCAGAGCAAAAUUGAGACAUCUUUCUCGCAGUCGCACUGUGAUGGUAAUUCAAGAUGUUAUCCAAGAUGUUGUGAUGCUUCUUGGAAUUCCGUUCCUUUCACCUCCCCGUGUGGAAAAUUUGUUCGUUCUAGUGGAGGAGACGGGCACUUGUCUUCUACAGUCCAGAAACCAAGAAGUUGUGAGUCAUUAAGAUUACAGGAGUAUUUUUGUUUGCACUGCUUGUGUUUACAGCCACUGAAAGCGUAAAUAAAGCGAACGCGACAAUGCCAAUUGGUGUUGUAAAUGGUAAUAGGUUAUCGUUCAGCGCGAGUUGGUUGAGGUUCACAGUGUUUCAGCAAGAAGAAAGGGGAAGAAUGAAUACACGUGUCGGUGUUGCUUCUGUCUAUCACGCUGAAACACCUUGAGCCUCAAUUAAGCAACUGUAAACCACUUUGUUUACCAGCAUUCAUGUAGGUAUUGUGUGGUUUUCCCGGCGCUUUCGAUGAUGCCAUCAGAUCAGUAUGGUAGCAAUGUAAGACUGAAAGUAGAUCGAUCUGAUUGACUGAGUCAAUUUACCUGAUGCCAUAACGAAAGUUUAACUUCUCUUUCGUGAAUAAAAGUAAAUAGUAGGCCUGCAUGACUUGAGUUACAAUGAUAAUGUGUAAUCUAGCGAAAAUCAUAUGACAUGAAAAACAAAAAUUGUCCGCCAUGCAGAAUUGAUUUACACAAUUAUACAGUAAAACAAUGGCCGUGAAACUUUCCGUGCACUGCUCAGGCAGUCAACGAAAAGCAGGAACUAAACUGUUCCUUUAAUUUACUUGUUUUCAUUUACAUGUAGUGGUUUUAUCGUCAACGGAAGUGACAAACUACAACACUCCUGAUGACUUUUUUCUUCGGCCGUUCUUGACCAGAGAAGAAUUUGCAUAUUGGAACAGCCAUUUUUGCCGCGUUCCAUCUUCACGUUCAUUCUUGCGCGCAUUCAACCCACAAGUUACCACAACCAUGACUUCCGGUCAUCAUAAGACGUCUUGUGUCACGAAUGUCACAGAUACACCAUGUUGCGAUGAAAGACAUCAAACUGGUGUGCCAGCGGUCCAUGACUUAAGUACAAACUGCUGGAGCAAUACAAGAUGUGGCGAAAUGCCCUGCUUCCCAGAAAACAUCCCAUCGUCAAGUGUAGAAAAAGGAUUCGCUGGGAAUCCUGUCUGCUUGGAACAUUUAGUUCCAUGUACCAGUCACGCCUAUCAAAACGGAAACCACCUUGACCUAUCUACUAACUGUUGUGAAACAACGGAAAGUUAUUUUGUUCAGCAAGAGGUGGAGCCCACAAAACUGAAGGGAAGGUAUUUUGUUUAUGGAGAUGAAAGCUUUGGCAAAAAGCCUCCUCCUUUCACAUCGUCUGGUUAUCAGGAGGUUCACCCCAGGACUGGAUCUGCUGUCCUCAGUGAUUCAAUGAGCGCUUAUGGUGUACAUUCAGAAUUCGGAUCAACUAAUUCUUUCCCGGCUAAAAGAAAAUCCAUCGGUACAUCAAAGUAUGAAAAAUUUCCCCAAGAAAAGCGAAAGAGACCGUGCGUUAGCGAUGAAGUAAAUGGAAUUCAACAAGAUCAGGCACCAAUCAAAAUCGAACACAAAAAUGAAACUUGGAAUGCUCAUCAAAACAAACGCCCGCGAAUCAGUGGUUAUCGCGGCAAGGAGGCGAGAUGCAAGAUCAACGAGUCAAGUAACGUGCGCAAAUCACGUGAAAUAACAAUGCCACCUGUUCAAGAUUGCGUGGAGCAAAGCAUCGAUAUUACCAUCUCUGGCGAUAACAUUUCCGGAUGCAAACCCGGAAGUAAAACCUUUAAAGAAACUCAGCCAACAACGACUGACUUAACUGGGAACAACAGUGACGCUGCGUUCAAGUCACGUGUUCUGCAAGCUGGUGACCAGAUUCCAAACGGUCGGAACAAAUCUCCUGAGCGAAAAAACAUUGAUGAGGUUAUCAAGACCACGAAGCCUGUCCAAAGAAAGCUGAUGACCAAUGACAAAACCGGUGGCUGUGCUUUCGAUCAUGAUUCCUUUCCCAAACUUGUCGGUGUGCUUAGUCCCUUCGCCGUAGCUACUGUGAUGUCAAGUUUAGCAAAAUAACUGCAGUGCUAUGCUACUUCAAAAUUACACUCUUAACUGUUCAACAUGCAUCCUUGUCCAAAUCAAAGAUCACUGCUAACGUGGUAUCCAAAAAGAAAGAUCUGAGAAAGAAAAAGGUUUACAGUCAAAGAGUAGACCACACUACUUAAGAAAUCAACUGUGGCACAAGAGUGAAGAUCGAUGAUGGACGAUAAUGCUCAUUUUUGAAACUGUUUUUGUCUUAAUCCUGAUGAGCCCUUGUGUGUGACCAGCGGCAUGCCGGAAGGCUUAAAUGCAACUCCAAAUGCAAGCCUCAGCAUCUUACCAAUGCUGGAAAGAGAACUUGUGCUUAUUCACGCGUCAUGUGUUUUUCUAUUAAACCUUGACGUUUCGUGAACUCGGCAACAUACAUUUUCAAAAGUAUAUUCCGGGCAAUGCCCCAUUUUUUGUAUAAAUUGUUGUAUUAUUCAAAUUCGUGGACAGACUUCUCAAAUGAUUAGAUUGAAAACUCUCUGGACUGUAUAAAAUAAGAGGAUGUCAUGUCUGUUUGUUUUAAAAUAUACUUUUUUUUAACAAGAAACAAGGCUUAGAUUUUUUCUGAGAAAUUCUAAACGCCGAGGCAAGGAUGUGUUGGAAUAACGAGUGUCGAGUCGUUUGUAUCGAGUGCGUCGAGUUUGCAUGAAAGACGUGAUGUCUUGUUCUUUUUGAGGCUUACAUUCAUUUGGUAAAAUUUUAAAAUGUGCUAAAAAUUAUGCCCAAGGUUGAGGUCUAGUUAAGAACAGUCUUCACAUUCUGACAGAUGAUGAAAUACAAUAGAAUCUUAAAACGUUUUUAAAUGUACUUUGCAUAAAAUUGAAACAUGUAUUUUCGUUCCUCUUGAAAAAUGAACAAUUAAACAACAACAACACACUUAAUGUGUUGAGUCAUCUAUGGGUAUUGCUACGUUGCCAGACAAGCACACGAUCAUACUAUGCAACAUAUGUAAGCAAAAAAUUGAGAAAAAAAUGUGUUAAGCCUGGUUUUCACUUCGACAUAACACAACUGCUAAUCACAACGUUAAUGAGGACGCCCACAACACAAGCAUAUGCCCCAGCACAAGUAGAACAAAAAGUUUUGUUCUUCCUGUGCUUGUACUUUUGCUUAUACCAAGUGAGGUCACGCUGCUACAAGCAUAAGCAUAAGUCCGCCAUAUUGUUUUACUGUAUCGAGGAGGUGUGGAACGGAAAAAUAAGGUAACUAUCCAUUCUGCACAUGCGUACGUGCUUAUGCUUGUGUUUUGGGCGUCCUCGCUACCGUUAUACUUAUGCUUGAGCUUGUGUCAAUGUCAUAGUGAAAAUCGUCCGCCAUCUUGCUUUACUGUGUCGUGGAGGUAUGGAACCAAAAAGAAGGUAAUUAUCCAUUCUGUGCAUGCUUGUGCUUGUGUUUAUGUCAUAGUGACAACCAGGCUUCGCUAUUUCACUUCAAAACAAAACAGGCUUGUAAAUAAGAGGUCAAAGGGUCUCGGUUACUAUCGAACUGUCGAGAAUGAUCAAUAUCUGACACACAUAAAACGCUACUCGAAAACUCGGAAGCUCGUUCGAAACUUAUUUUUGUUAUAAACUAUCAAAAAUGUGAUACUUUUUUCAAAUUGCUUUCGUGAAUGACCUGUUACGAAUCUAUCAGGGCAGCUGAAGACCAUGUAGAGUAGACAAUUUCACUUUCUGACAAACACCCAGCAUUGAUAAUUCUCGGGCGGAAAGCUAUAUCGUGGUUUUAAUUUUCACUUGUUUUUUACUUAUUUGUUUUUCGGGAGGCCAGCCAACAGAACGUGGAAUGGUUAAGACUUAGGAGCAACGCAAAGGGAAGGGAAAAAUUAUUGAAGUCAAAACAGAAAUGUUCAAGGAACAAAAAAACUGAAAAAUCUGGCGAUUAGAGAGGCAAACUGAAAAAGAUCUCUUGUAGCAAAUUAUGCGGUCAGUUUAGUGUCGUGUUUAGUUAUUUCAGUUUCAUUCGCUUGAUUCACACAAGGUCGAUUUUUUUAAAAAAAGAACAGUGACAUAAUAGUUUUCGAUUUCAGAAAUAAUAUGGGUCAAUGAUGUCCUCUAAUUCAGUUUCGUCAGCAGGUCUACUUGAACGAGCCUCCACAAGUUACAGCUGACAAGACUUACGACGUGGACGCGGUAACUCUGGAAACAGCAGCCAACCUCGAGCCAACCGGAGAGGACAGUAACGUCAGCAGUCGAGAAGAAUUAUACCUAGGACUUUUCCGGCUUUGAAAUAACAUGGUUGAAGUGUUCGUUAUAAGCUAGUGCAGAGAGAGGUGCCGACCACGGUGAGUACGCGUUUGGGGUCAUUUUGUUGAUUUUAAUUAUACCACGAUCAGUUAAUUCUUAACUCCCUCUAGGACAUUGUUCUCUAGAGGUUCUUUGUCAGCCUGGGAAAGCUUUUGAAUUUUGCUUCCAGUUUCACGCCACAUAAAUAUACCGUCUGCGUUUUCAGGCGACAUGAUGAAAUACACGGCGAAAAUUUCAACGAGCAAGCUGCUGAAGCAGCUAUUUGGAUAAUAUGAUAUUACAACAUAGUCAUUCAGUCGUGAGACGAGGCCAAAGAGCAUAGAAGCUCAUAAAAGGAAGUGACUGACGUCGAACAACAAGACCUUCUUAAGUUAUAACAGCGAACGAGAGAAAUACGAAAACGAUAGUGAAUUCUUUGUUCUUAAAAACAUAAAACUCUACUUGAAUUAAGAGUGAUCUCUUCAAAAGUUCCUAGCUUGUUUAUAUUAAGAAACGAUUUAAGGCUUCCUGGAGGAAAAACGGAUAAAAAAGAAUCAGUCAUGGUCAAAAAAGCUUAAAAAAAAAGUUAUUGCUUUGUUCUGUGCAUUGGCAUUUUUGUCAAAAAUGUUACAAUAUGACUGUUUGUUACAGACUGCCGCCAAGUAGAGCAAUUUUAUUCAGGAUAUCUCCCUGAUUAUGAGACGAGUCACUUUAGCCCACCCCCCUUGUCUCGCCUUCUUCCCUACUCGGCCACGGCCAUGUCGCCCUUUAGCGUUCGCGAUGAUAAAACACUAAUCUAAGUGACCCUUAGAGAGAAAAAAGGCUACUUGCAGUCUAUAUUCCUUAGAAUUGCAAUUGUUGUUAUUUUACGCUACAAAGUUUGCUUUGGAUGAUCAACAAUCAUUAAUUCAAUAUAGAAAAGGCUACUUGCUAUUUUCUAUGUAAGGAGUCCUCGCGAUAACAUACUCCAAUUAUUUCAGCUGAGAUGGAUCCUUGCUGCUGCACGAAAUCGUCAAUUUCAGGAAUUUGUUAACUUACAACGUUCUGACUAAGUAUG